AUGACGCUGCUGUUCACGGACAUCGCGUCAUCCUCAGCGCUCUGGGACGCGGAUGCUACCAGCAUGGCGGCCGCCAUGAUUGCCCACGAUAAGCUCCUCCGACAUUAUAUGGCCCGACAUACGGGUUACGAGGUCAAGCAGAACGGCGAUGGAUUCAUGAUCGCGUUUGAGUCUGCAGGCGAUGCGCUCGCAUUCUGCGUCUCGCUUCAACGGCACUUCGAUGACAUUGGGAAGGGGCCGAGGCGUGUGUCAGGACUGGGGGAGGAGAGCGAUGAGAGCAAGACUGAUGAAGAAGUACUCAGUAAAAUUCGGCUGCGCAUGUGCCUGCAUCACGGCGAGCCGACGCUGCAGUAUAACGCGCUGAUUCAGCGCAUGGACUUCCUGGGCCCGAUGGUCAACCGGUGUGCGCGCUACAUCCAGGCAACGGACCCUGGUCAGAUUGUGGUGAGCAGGGAGUUCCUACGGGCGCUGCAUCGGGAAGGAACCGGAAGGACCGGUGAGGUGGGCAAUACUGCGGAGGAGGAGCUCGAGGAGCUUGAAGCUGAGCUGGUAGGGCGAACGAGGAAUUUAACGAUCGGUCUAAGAGCGCGAUCUAAGGAUGAGGGCCGUCGACGGAUGAAAUUCGCGGUGCAGUCUAUGGGAGCGCGGGAGUUCAAGGGCGUUGGAGGGAGGCAGAUACUGUACGUUAUUAUGCCGACGGGCUCUGAGGAGGAAAAUGUUUCUGACUGA